CCAGCCCGGCACCACCAUGCUCGCCCUGGAGGCUGCACAGCUCGAGGCGCCUCACUUCAGUUGUCUGUACCCAGACGGAGUCUUCUAUGACCUGGACAGCUGCAGGCACCCCGGAUACCCAGACUCCGAGGGAGCUCCCGACUCCCUGUGGGGCUGGGCCGAGGCCCCCGCCGUGCCCGCCACCUACGAAACCUUGACCGGCCCGCCGCCUUCGGGCCCCCCCCAGGCCGCCCCGCUCUGCUACUCGGCCUUCAGCCCUGGGGGGGCGCUGGACACGGCCCCCAGCCUGGACACCCCAGGCCCUGGCUUCCCCGCGUACCCCACAGAGGACUUCAGCAGCCAGACCCUGGGCCCCCCUGCCUACGCCCCGUACCCCAGCCCCGUGCUCUCAGAGGAAGAAGACCUGCUUGAUAGCCCUGCCCUUGAGGUCUCGGACAGCGAGUCAGACGAGGCCCUCCUGGCCUGCCCCGAUGGGCAGGUGUCUGAGGCAGGGGCCCGCAAGAAGCUGCGCCUGUACCAGUUCCUGCUGGGGCUGCUGACGCGCGGGGACAUGCGCGAGUGCGUGUGGUGGGUGGAGCCGGGCGCCGGCGUCUUCCAGUUCUCGUCCAAACACAAGGAGGCGCUGGCGCGCCGCUGGGGGCAGCAGAAAGGCAACCGCAAGCGCAUGACCUACCAGAAGCUGGCGCGGGCGCUGCGCAACUACGCCAAGACCGGCGAGAUCCGCAAGGUCAAGCGCAAGCUCACCUACCAGUUCGACAGCGCGCUGCUGCCCGCCGCCCGCCGCGCCUGACCCGCGCCCCGCAACCGUGCCCCGCACCCGUGCCCCGCACCCGUGCGCGCCCCCCGGGCCCUGGACGCACGGACCCCACGCGUGGAGAGAGGGGCGCUGCCUCCAUCCCUAAGCCCUGCCUGGGGGACCCUUGGGAGCACCCCCCCCAUUGUGCCUGAGCCCCCCGCCCCCGGAACUGACCCCUGGAUCGUGCCUGCCUCCCCCAGCGGGACCCCUGCCCCAAUUUGUGCCAGAGGCCCCCCCCCCCCCCACCACCACCACCAAAUCAUGCCUGUGGCCCCUUC